AUGCAGACCGCCAUGGCCUAUCUGCUUACAUUCAUCUUAUUAAUCCAGUGCUUCAGUUCGACAUUCAGUUGGGCACUCGAGCGCCAAGAUGAGAAUGAACAAGCCGUUGAUCCUAGAACAAAUGCCCUACGGCAGAUGGUUCCGUACCGAUUAUGGAAGCGAGCACACAACAUUGAACAGAGAGCGCUGAGCCAAUUCAAGAACUGCUACUUCUCGCCGAUUCAAUGCGUUCUCAUGGAACGUCGACGACGAUAG